AUGAAGACGCUGAAGUGGUUCGUGUGCCUGUCCAUGUGCCUAUCCUGUGGCUAUAGCUUCAUGUUCUCGUCCCUGCGGGCGAAGGAGGCACCAGGGAAGGUGCCCUGCGGGGGCCAUUUUCGCACCCGCCACAACCCUUCUGACCACGGCCAGAGCUGGCUGGUGAACAAGUGGCUCUGGAUUUUGUUCGUGAUUUCGCUCUACGUGAUGCUCAAGAUUCGAGGAGAUGGUGAAAAGAGUUUGGAGCAGCUGACCCCCUCCAUCCAGGCAUGCUCACUGCACCCCACCAGGAAGGCGGGCAGCCCUUCUUUGCAAAACGACUAUGCCUUCAACACCCUGACGAAGCUCGAGAUGGACCUGAUCAAGUUCGUGUCCAAGGUGCGCAACCUCAAGCAGGUCAUGGCGAUGGGCAAGCACCUCAGGCACCACGGCCCCGAGAGGCACCUGGACCCUAACGACAACAUCACUAUCUACGAGGUGUGGGGUGAAGAAGAUGAGUGA